AUGAGCUAUACUCUUGCCUAUGACCCGGCCGAGGUCCCGGCCCUGGAGCUCCGCAACCGGCAGGAGCUGCGAGUGCAGCAGCCCCGGCCCGACGGAGCGUGGACUGAGGUCGUGGUCUCCAGCGACGACUCCAUCCUGCCUCCCGACGGCUUCGGCUGCGACGACCUGGCGACGGGACUAUCCUUAUUGUCAUCAGCAACAGGAAAUAUGCUAAAACCGGUUCAGGAGACCUGCACGGCGUGGCCGCGCUCUCGCUCUCCCAGGACGUCCUGCAGGUGGCGGUCGACCCUCGAUCGGGGGCGCGUACGAGAUCACGCUGGCCGGCCCCUCGCCCCCUCCCGCGGCCGCUCAGGAGUGCCAGCUUGGGUCGCCGUGUCGUGUCUGGUUCGCUGGGGUGGACGCGCCCCCGCGGUGAGCGUCAGGAAGGGAUCCAACGCCAUCUAUGAGUAUAUAUCCACAGACCCGCCUCCCCCGGCGUCCCGGGUCCAGCGCCUCACUUCACGUGGCGCCAAGAUGGACGUCGAGGUGGCGAGCGACAAACACGUGACCCGCGCCGACCUCGUGACCUUCAGUAGCGACGUCGCCACGGACGCCGACUGCGAAAGCCUCGAAGCGAGGUCCUCGGGGUCCGGCUACUCCGUGGCUGCUUCCUCGCGCGGCGCAGGAGACUGGAACUUCUUGGUCGUGGGAUACGACGACGACGGGGCCCUGCUGGAGGCCGGCCGCGCGCACGUGACCCUCUCAGAUAUAUUGCUCCCUCGGAUGACGAAAGUGGGGACAGAGGCCCUCCAGUCCCUCAAAGUGGAGACGGGAGAAAUGGAUGUCAAAGUGAACGGCUUCCUGUGUCCAGCCAGCAAAGUCUGCUACGAUUUGGAGCCAGAAAACAUCCUGGAGCCUCCCGAAGUCUGCAGGAUGGCCGCCCCGAAUAUCGAGCAGUGUGACAUGACGGCAGCAUACAUACAGCCAGAGUCUCUGAUCGAGCGGUCGGUUCAACUCAGUUUCACCGGAGUGCCUGAGGAGGACCUGAUGAUCACCGCUGACUUCUCCGAAACGUCGCUCACAAUGGAAGCGAAACUCUACACAAGCUCGGAGGAUCUGACACCGAAUCCGCUAACCUGUGAGAUCACAGGCCGGUCUCCAAAGACCUGCACAUUUAAGGUUGAGCCAAAAGUGACGGAAUUUAAGAUUUUGCUGAUGGCGUUAGAUUCUGCAUCAACUGUGGAUGAAUCGACUGUUGUGGAAUUUGAAGAUUUCCAGACUCGAAUUCAACAGCUGACAUCGGACGCCAUCGAAGUCCGUUGGCGAGCUUCGCACAACCAGAAAUACGACGUCGAAAUCGCUCCUGAAAUUGAAGGCAAAUUCAGCAACACUUCUGUGAUCUGUGGAGGUGAAAACCCUGAAGACAGUAAAAUGUGCCUGGCUUACUUUAUCGGGCUGAAUUUGAACGAAGAUUAUACGGCAAGUGUGAGGGCACAAGGUGACAAUAAAUAUGUUUCGGCCUCAGUGAGGAUGCAGACUGUUCUGGAAACAAUAAACAUAACAGAACUGACACUGACCACAACCGAGGAAACAAGAGGUCUUAACGUGUGUUUUACGGAGAAUCAUGCAAAGAAAAAACAAAACGAAGGAGGAAAGAUGGUGAACAAGUUCGUGGCGGUGGAUGCUAAUGGUCGGCAGAUGGUGUCGAAGUCCUCUCACACAUCCGUUUCUGAUGUCGAGGAAAAGCUGUGUCUAGGCCCAUUGCCUCUCAACCUUGACUUCAACCUUAGUGACAAGGUCCGGGUUCUUGUGUCACGUGAGAAUCUCGACACCCAGGAAAUUCUGCUGUCUGGAGACGCUGAGCUCUCCGUUUCGGAAAUGAAGCCACAUGCAGCACUAGUUCAUCUCACCAUCAAGGAGCUCCAGAAGGUGUCCAGGGAAGACGACCCGAGCGGAAGACGACAAAACAUGAGGGUUUUCUUGGAUCCUCAUGAAGCAAUAGAGGCAGACGAUUUCCAGCUUGAACUAAUUGUGGGAUCCAACGGGUUUCAGGAAAUUCAUCACCUUUCUAAAAUCAUUGAUGAAGAUGCCACAGAGCUUGAGUUCGAAGGGAAUUUCAAAGAUUCGAUUCAGGUCUUUAUAAAAGCUAUGAAAGGCGGUGUUACUGUGGGAUUUGGCUCCGUGACGCAGGAGAUGACAGACCCGGGUUCCAGGGUGGCGAAGGUUGGGGACGCCAGCGCCCCGUCCCUGAGGGUGGACCCAGGGGCGCGAGGCCAGGUGGAAGUCCCUGGGAAGCCUCCCUGCGUAAGAGGCUCUGGCCCUUGCUACUACGUCGGCCAGAGCGACCCCCCGCCUCCCCUCUGCGAGGACCUUCCCGAGAUCAGAUUCUGCGACGCCGUGGUGUCGGAAGUGCAGAGUGAGUGGCGGGCUCUCCGCUCGGCGCCGCGGUCCUGUUGCUCGAACCCGGCCGAGGUCCCGGCCCUGGAGCUCCGCAACCGGCAGGAGCUGCGAGUGCAGCAGCCCCGGCCCGACGGAGCGUGGACUGAGGUCGUGGUCUCCAGCGCGCGGGACGACUCCAUCCUGUCUCCCGACGGCUUCGGCUGCGACGACCUGGGCGACGGGACGUGCGCGCACCCUGUGGCCGUCGCCGACGACCUGGACGGCUUCGACGUGACGCUCGUCGUGCUGGACGACGAAGGCUACGUCACGGCGUCGCUCGCCGUGCCCUUUGAAGAGGAGAGGUCCUUCGUGUCCUUCCCGUCCUUGACUCAAGGGCCAGCUAACGAGCGCCUCCUCGCGCCCGCAGUGCACGGCGUGGCCGCGCUCUCGCUCUUCCAGGACGUCCUGCAGGUGGCGGUCGACCCUCGAUCGGGGGGCGCGUACGAGGUCACGCUGGCCGGCCCUCGCCCCCUCCCGCGGCCACUCUGGAGUGCCAAGCUGGGUCACCGUGUCGCGUCUGGCCCGCCUCCCCCGGCGUCCCGGGUCGAGCGCCUGACCUCGCGCGACGCCGACGCCAGGAUGGACGUCGAGGUGGCGAGCGACAACACCGUGACCCGCGCCGACCUCGUGACCUUCAGUAGCGACGUCGCCACGGACGCCGACUGCGAAAGCCUCGCGGCGACGCCCUCGAAGUCCGGCUACUCCGUGCUGCUUCCUCGCGCGGCGCAGGAGACUGGAACUUCUUGGUCGUGGGAUACGACGACGACGGGGCCCUGCUGGAGGCCGGCCGCGCGCACGUGA